GAUUGUUCCGCCUGUCGCGGGUCCCCCGCUCUCUACUCUCCCUCCGAAUCCGACACAUCCAUCCCCACGUCCCAAUCAUAUUCUAACAAUUAUCUCGCUGGUGGAAAACGAAGUUCUCGAAUUGGGGUUUGCUGGGAUCAUCGGCUUUGGGCCACCGUCUCAGAGCGCCAUACAACGCAUCCUGCCUGCCGGUAGUGGAGGAGGUGAUCAAGAUGGUGCCGCCAUCUUGAGCAAUCUGUUUGGACUCGGGGACGACAUUGCACCCAAAAACCGCUACUUUUCCGUUACGCUCGAUAGACCAGGGUUCGAGGAUGCCAGCCAGAGCAAGAACGCUUGGCCUUCUAGAUUAGGGAUCGGCAAACACGUUGAAGAAGUCGAACACGCGUUCGAUGGGCUCGACGACAACAUCAAUUGGUUGCAACUCGCCCAAACCUCUCGAGGGUACACGCAUUGGAUGACAAGCUUGACAGACAUUACCGUUUGGAAAGAUGGUACUCCCAAUCAGGUCAAUAUCGGGUUGGGUGCCAUGGCCGUCUUGGAUACGGGAG